UUGACUUUUACACUUGCUUUGUCUCUCUCUCUCUCUCUCUGCUUCUUUAAUCUUUCAUUCUAUUGAGAUUCUUUGAGGGUUUUGAUCUUUACAUGGAUGCUGUUUUGCAAGUACAAGUUGAUGGGUUCAGAUUCGAAAACGGUUCUGGAUCUUGCUGCAAACCAAGAAACAACAAUCUUGAAUCUGGUACGACCAACAGCUUCAUCUGUUUCAACGAAUCUGAUGAAUCUCAGAGUAGUAACUCUUCUCCGACCGAGUCUACGGCAUGUUCAGAUUACCUUCCUGUCUUCAAGUACAUCAAUGACAUGUUGAUGGAAGAAGAUCUUGAAGGUCAGCCUUGUAUGUUGGUAGAUAGUUUGGCUUUACAAGCCGCUGAGAAAUCUUUCUACGAAGUGCUUCAAGAUCCUUCUCCUCCUACUUCUUCUGACCAAAUCUUUGGCGAUUUAGAUCAACCAAACUUAGAUUUCGUUGGAUUUCCUGAAGUAACUUCAGAUGAGUCAAUGAGAAGGUAUCGUCAUAGGGAUGAUGAUGAUGAAGAUGAUGAUGAUCUUGAAGGUGGAAGGAAAACAAAGCUCCCUGCAAUAUCUACAGCAGAUGAGCUGGCUGAGAAGUACGAGGAAGUGUUGUUGAUAUGUCAAAAGAAUACUCAGGGAGAAGCAUCACCGAACAAAACAGGACGAGCAAAGAGCUCAUCGAACCGAUCCAAGCAGCAAAAGUCAGAUCAGCCAGUGGAUAUGCGGGAUCUCCUGAUGCAAUGCGCGCAAGCAGUGGCGAGUUUUGACCAGUUUAGAGCCUUUGAGAAACUAAAGGAGAUAAGAGAACACUCUUCUAUCCGUGGAGAUGCAACUCAAAGACUUGGUUAUCACUUAGCUGAAGCGCUUGAAGCACGUCUAACCGGAACCAUGUCUACACCAAUAUCAGCUACGUAUAGCAUUACAUCUAUGGUGGACAUUUUGAAGGCAUACAAAGGGUUUGUUCAAGCUUGCCCUACCUUAAGAAUGUGUUACUUCACUGCAAACAGAACAAUCUUUGAACUUGCUCCCAAAGCAACUACACUUCACAUCAUUGAUUUUGGGAUUCUCUAUGGAUUUCAAUGGCCUUGUCUUAUAAAAGCUUUGUCAAACCGUGAAGACGGACCACCACUUCUCCGUGUGACUGGUAUCGAGCUGCCUCAGUCCGGUUUCCGACCAUCAGAGCGGGUACAAGAGACAGGGAAAAGACUGAAGAGGUUCUGUGACAAGUUCAAAGUCCCGUUUGAGUACAGUUACAUAGCCAAGAAGUGGGAGGACAUUACUCUUGACGAGCUAGUGAUCAAUACUGGAGAGACAACAGUUGUUAACUGCAUCCUCCGGCUACAAUACACGCCUGAUGAAACCAUAACCCUCAACUCUCCGAGAGACACGGUUCUGAAACUAUUCAGAGAUAUCAACCCUAACCUCUUUGUGUUUGCAGAGAUCAACGGAACGUACAACUCACCAUUCUUCUUAACAAGGUUCAGAGAAGCUCUGUUCCAUUGCUCUGCCCUCUUUGACAUGUAUGAGACCACAUUACCAGAAGAAGACGAUUGCAGGACACAUGUGGAGAGGGAGCUAAUCGUAAGAGAUGCAAUGAGUGUGGUAGCCUGUGAAGGGUCUGAGAGGUUUGCAAGGCCAGAAACAUACAAGCAAUGGCAGGUUAGGAUACUAAGAGCCGGGUUUAAACCAGCGAAACUUAAUAAACUGAUCGUAAAAGAAGGGAAAGAGUUAGUGAAACAACGUUACCACAAAGAUUUCGUGAUCGAUAAUGAUAAUCACUGGUUGCUUCAAGGCUGGAAAGGAAAAAUUCUCUAUGCUGUUUCCUGCUGGAAACCUGCUAAGAAGUAGUAAUCAUUUUGUGUAAUUUUGUUUUCUUUUGGUUUUAAAGUGUUGUAGAAACUGUUUCCUCUCCUAUAUAUAUAUGGAAUCAGUCUCUAGCUC